AUGGAUGACCCCGGGGAUAACUAUAAUGAUCCUGCAAAUAUAAAUGACUCUAACUACAGUGAACCUGCUAAUAUGGAUGACCCCAUAGAUAUCCAUAAAGUCAAUAACUAUAAUAUUAACUCUGCUUCAACAUCAUUUGUACUAGCAUCUGUCUCUGACUUGGAUACUGUCUCGAUUAACGGCUCAACUACUAAUAAAACUACUAAUAGAGCCAUCAGCCAAACUUAUAGUGAAACCUCUAGAAGUGAAACAUCUCACCUUCGGCGUCAUUUUGAUGCCUGUCUUAAGUACCAAAAGUUCUUAUAUUAUAAUAAUGGUUCGAAACCAAAUUCAUCUGAUGGUCAAACUCAAUUAAGAUUUAAUAUUCAAACAAAAAAAAGACUAUAUAUGAAAGAGUCAACUAGAAAAGAUAUCGCCAAUAUGGUAGUUUUGGAUGAUGCUGAUACAAUAAAGCAAGACAUUAUAAAAACUUACAAUAAAAGAAAAACAUUGAUUAAAGAAAUCCUUCAAAAUGCUGAAGGUAAAAUCUCUCUUACCUGUGAUGCUUGGACGUCCCUUCAGCAACUUGGAUAUCUGUCGUUACAAACCAUUACUCUUGACAAUGCCGCAUCAAAUGAUAUUGCAAUUCAUGAAUUAGCCGAUCUCAUUUCUCAAGACUCUUAUAUACAAAUCGAUAAGGAGCUUUUUCAUAACAGGUGCCUUGCCUAUAUCCUAAAUCUUAUCGUAAAAGAUGGUCUAAAAAAAAUCGCCAAAGCUAUUGGAAAGAUUCGUAGUUGCGUUAAAGCAAUACAUACAUCACCAAAAAGGCGUCAAAUGUUUUUAGACAUUUGUGAAUCUAAAUCUCUAAAACCUGUAGUUCCGCCAUUAGACUACAAUAUGCGAAUGAAAGACAGAGAUAAAACAUUUCCUGAUAUACCCGAUAAUGAGGAAUGGAAAAAUGCAGAGGCUAUUACCAAUAUAUUAAGACCCUUUUAUGAAUAUACUUUGAAAGUGUCAGCAAAUUUAUACCCAACUCUUAACAAUUCCCUUGCUUUAGUUUGGAAUAUUCGUACUCAUCUUAUGAGUAUGAAAUCUUAUUCAGAUAGCUUUAUUCGUGAUAUUAGUCAGCCCAUGAUUGAAAAGUUUAAUAAGUAUUGGGAAGAUAACAUUCUCUUACAUAUGAUCGCAUAUAUAUAUCUUCGUACGUAUUCCUCAACUGUUGAUCGUGAUAAUGAAGUUGCUAUUAACAUUCAAAAUGAUGUAUCAAUGUUUGAAAACCACAUUGAUGAUUUCUUCAAAUAUGCUGCAAAGCAGACUUGGAUAAGCAAAAAGGAUCCGCUUUGUGAAAAGCAUAAUAUAGAGAGAUUUCCUAAUCUAUCAGCAAUGGCACGGGAUUUUCUUGCAAUACCUGCUUCAAGCGUUGCAUCAGAACAAAUGUUUAGCUAUGCAGGUCGUAUUAUUGAUGAUAGUUAUACUUUAUUAAACUCAGAUACAAUAGCAGCAUUAAUGUGCCAAAGAAAUUGGUUAGAUAUAGCAGAUAAGUUUGGUUGGGAUUUAUAA